UUUCCGCUGUCUGGCAACGCCUUCUUGUUUUUGAAAUUCUCUUGAAACAUUUUAAAAGAAGUAAAUGUCAUUCAGAGUUGGAAUUCGAUAGAUAAAAGUUAUCAUUCAGUUGUCACAAGCAUUAUUGACAUGGGGAGAAAAUUAGGUGUUUUGUUGUCUUGUUGUCUGAUCGCGAUUUAUACGGUGACCGUACAGUCAUACGAUAAAGAAUUUAUCCUAACCAAUGGUAUGCAUAAUGGGUGGGAACAUGCGAGCACGGACUUCUUAAGAAAUAGAGUUGUGUGCCCAGGAGAAAACAACCAAACCUGUGCAGAUGGGUACACCUGCUGUGUGAGCCCUUCUGGUGAUUAUGCUUGUUGUCCACAUGAAAAUGCAGUAUGUUGCACAGACCACAUCCAUUGUUGUCCCAAGGGUUCUUCCUGUGAUGCUGGCAGAUGCAAAAAAGAUGUUUCAACUUCAAACUCGGUGGAAAUCAUCACAAACAGUAUUCAGCAAACAAAACGUUCCAUUUGUCCAGGGGAUGAGUUUCAAUGCCCUCUGGAAACAACUUGCUGCAAGCUCUCUGGUGGAAAGUUGUAUGGGUGUUGCCCCUUUGAGGAGGCUUUGUGUUGUCCUGAUGAACUUCACUGCUGUCCAAAAGGAUUUGUAUGUAGUUCUGAUGCUACAUGUAUCCGUAGCAAUUCUACUAUGUCAUUCCCAAAUUAUGAUCUGAACUGAAUCUGUUUAAUAAAGACACCUACUCAAGAACAUAUUUAUGCAUUUAAAUUCACAAUGUAUUGUUUCGGCACUGGAAUAAAUCCAUCAUUCAAAUGACA